CUACGCAGUGAAUUAUGGGGAGAAGCUUCUUCGGUGUUCUCGUCUCAUCCGCCUUGCUGUUGCUUUCGUCAACUUCUGCGUCUCCGGUCUCGGAUCCCCUUGUCAUACACACACCUUCUGGGACUUUCAGAGGCGUCGCGACAGCGAAUGGAACAGAGCAAUGGUUGGGCAUUCCGUUCGCUCAACCACCCAUCGGGUCAUUACGGUUCAAAGCUCCUGUUCCCUUCAUCAAUCGGUCGACGUCCAUUCAGGAUGCCUCGACCUUCGGGAAUGCAUGCCCACAGGUUCCUUCGACCAGUCUUGGCGCGCCUCAGUCGGAAGACUGUUUGUUCCUGAACGUCUUCCGUCCCAGUAAUGUCAGCACUUCAGAGAAGAUUCCGGUCUUAUUCUGGAUCCACGGUGGCGCCUUCAUGCAAGGGGCCGCUUCUGACCCAGAAUACAAUCCCACGUUUAUCAUCCAGCGCAGCGUAGCGACGGGCAAACCAAUCAUAUUCGUGUCUACCAAUUACCGCCUCAACACGUUCGGCUUUUUGGCCAGCAGACAUGUCCCCCCUUCGGACUUGAACGUUGGCCUUCAAGAUCAGACUGCAGCUCUUGAGUUCGUACAGCACAAUAUCGCUGCGUUCGGAGGUGACCCUGAGAAGGUCACCAUAUGGGGUCAGUCCGCAGGCGCAGGGAGUGUCGAGGCACAUGUUCUCUUCCAGUCCUCCACGAAGCUGUUCAGGGCGGCGAUGUUCGACUCGUCUACCGGACCAUUCAAGACUGCGCCGCCUCCCAGCACCUAUGAUGAAUCUGGCAAGCCCUAUGAACGCCUGGUCAACUUGACAGGCUGUCCCUCGGGACCACAGUCGUUCGCAUGCCUGCGAAGCCUUCCAUUUGAGACUCUUCAAAAUGUCACGGUCGCCAUGACCAAUGAGGUACUGAACCAGCAGCUGUGGCAGCCUACAGUGGGACCUGCCGGAAGCUUCGUUAGCGAACGUCCUUCGCAGCGCAUUGCGAGCGGCAACUUCCUGCACGUGCCCAUCCUUGCUGGUACCAACCUCAAUGAAGGGACCACGUUCAGCCAGUCUGUGCGCAAUCUCAGUGUCCCAUCCAGCGAGGAAGACGCCGCCUUCGACACGUUCAUCCAAGAACUUCUCAUCGAUCCCUCGACUGUCACCCAAGAUGUUUAUGACACCAUCAACACAUUGUACCCUGCCAAUGACUCCAGUCUGGGAGCACCGUUCAACACCGGAGACUCGUUGUACGACCGUGCUGAAGCUUGGUACUCUGACAACAUGUUCCUGUCCCCUAGGCGGCUGCUGUUCAAUAAGGCCGCGUCCCUCCAACCGCUGUUCGGAUACUUCUUCGCGGAGUUCAUUCCUGGCCAGGACCCAUCUCUGGGCGUAUUCCACGCUUCUGAAUUGAUCCUGCUCUUUGGGCAGUUUCCGGCUGUCGAGCAAGAGUUUGCCAUUCAGAUGGUAGACUUCUAUGUGAACUUCGUCAACGAUUUGAAUCCAGGAGCACCGUGGCCCCAAUUCACCCAAACGAACAAGGCCGUUCUCCAGCUCAUGCGGGACAAUAUUACCGCCAUACUGGAUGACUUCCUGAUUGACAAGACGACGUUCCUGGACUCCGCCUACGUACUAAACGAGUUCCAAAAAUAG